AUGUUGCCGCCACAACUUCUAAAAGAUGCUGAGCGUUUCGUUUCAAUCCUCAAAAGUGACCCGGAACUUCUGCAUCGCCCAGAACUCAAGUUCCUAAAAGACUAUUUAUUGAGUCUGGGAGCCACGAUCCCUCCUCCUUGUUCUUCUCACGUGCCUCCAUCUGCUGAGCCGAAAUGCGACGCCAAAGCGGAUGAGUCGCCGGACGAACCAGAAAGCGAAGAGUCAGAACUUGAUUUUGACACAACCGACGUAAUUGAGGAGGAGCCCGAUGAACCGCAGCCCAUGGGUGAUGAUUCAGUCGAAGUGACUGAAGAAAUGGCGGAUAAGGCCGACGAAAAGCGCGCUGAGGCACAAGCAAAGUUUGCAGAUGGUGAUUUUGAGGCCGCGGCGUCUUUAUUCACCGAGUCGAUUUUAGCCAAUCCGACUCGUGCCGUCACCUUUGCCAGAAGAGCUGCUUGCUAUUACAAACUUAAAAAACCUGCAUCUGCCAUCCGCGAUUGUGACAAGGCCAUCUCGUUAAAUCCCGACAGUGCUGCUGCCUUCAAAUGGCGUGGUUUCGCUAACAAAGCUCUUGGUCGUUGGGAAGCUGCUUACUUGGAUCUGCAAACUUCCCUUAAGUUAGAUUACUCGGAUGAUGCUUACGAGGCCAUGAAAGCUGUUGAACCUAACUAUCAACGUAUUCACGCGCACAAACUCAAGUGGGAAAGGAAGCGCGAAGAGCGCAAAUACAAGGAAUUGAAGAAGGCUCGUGACGCUCGUCAAAAGGCGUAUGAGGAGUCCAAGCGGCAGGAGGCCCAGUCGGAGUUCCAGAUGCCCGGUGGAGGUAUGCCUGGUCAGAUGCCGGCUGGAAUGCAGGACAUGUUUGGCAAGAUUUUCUCCGACCCCGAGAUGAUGGCUGCAAUGGAGGACCCCGAACUUCAAGCAGCUUUCGCACAGGGCAUGUCGAACCCAAGUGCUUUUAGUGCUGCAGCAAAGAAUCCCAAAUUCGCGAACUUAUUGAAAAAGAUGAAGGAGAAGAUUAAUGUUCCUGGUGAAGAAGAAAGGCCUUCAGCUGCCCCAGGAGGUGAUGGUGAGCAUAUCCUCGCAGUUAUUGAAUUGAGUUUGUUGCGAUGGUGUUCCACGCGUUGCUUGCUCGUCUCCAGUAGUCCUUCAUUGGACCUUUUUUAA